AUGCACGUGAACCCGCGAGUGUUUCGAGGGUUUUCGACUCUGCGUCACCGCCUACACACGCAGUCGAGCAAGAAGAACUUCUGCUCCCUCUGUUACAAUGCCGUGCGCGGCCUCUUCGGUCCAGGAGUCCAGGCUCGCGGCAGGCGCUGCGCGUUGCUCCUCCUGCUCGUCGCGAUGGCGGCUGCCUGCGUCACCUUCUUCCUCCACUCCUACUACCUGGCGAGAGUCCACGAACUCGAACAGGCCCUAGCGCGCGCGUCUCUGCAUGCGUCGCCGGUCGGAAAGGCUGCGUCCCAGCUUCCCGAUGCGUCUGUCGCAGGAGCUGCGCACGAAGAAACGUUCUCUGGCAACGAGGAACUUCAGGGGAACGGCGCGACCGAGGAAGAGACUUCCCUCAACGCCCAAGACAACAUGCAGCGCCAAGGCGGCGAGAAAACGGAGACAGGCAGCGCCUCGCCCCUUCCUCGCUGGUGGAGACGAAGGCCAGCUGGAAGGCCCGCGGUCUCCGGCGGCGUGUGGGAUGCGAGCGUCGCGCUUUCCCUGUUCGAUUUGAAAGAACAAAUUCGCGCCAGUGGAGCGGCUGCAAAUCCCUCGGGCGAGAAGAUGCUGCACACCCAUGGUCUAGGCGUGGUUCUCCUUCUCCCCAGCUCCACGACUCUCUCCUCGUCUGUGGGACGAACGCUGCAAGAUCUCCUCUCGCUUCGCAACGCCUUCCCCGGGAAGAAGUUCUUCCCAGUCAUCAUUUCUCAGCCGGGAUCGAGUGUGUGGCAAGCGAGCGCUGUCGCGCCGUUUCGCGUUGGCCCCAGCGGGGCGUACCACAUGCAACGCGAGUUGAAGAAGCUGCAGAUCUCCCGUCGUCCUUUCCAGAAAAUUCCGGGAGAGCAAGAACCCGACGCUCCUUCGCCGUCUUCCCCUCUGAGAGAGAUGGAAAGUAACCAUCUGCGUUGGGCAGCGCAGCAGGUGUUCAACGAACUCGGCCUUCCCUUUGCGCUCUUCCUCGACGCUGACCUCGAGUUCUCGCCGGACUUCUUCAGUUUCCUUGAGAAGGCCGUCGACGUGCUCGCGAAAGAGGAAGCCCCAGGCUGCGCGUCCCCGUUCUCCGCUCUCAGCGUCCCGUUGUCUCCCAAGCCCAGCGACGAGUCGGCUGCGCUUCAGAGUCGCCUGUGGCGCACGUCCGCCUUGCCGCCGUUCGGCGUCCUGCUUUCGCGCGCAGCUUUCUCGUCGUUUGCCGCUGGCGACGCGAAGGGCGAAGCGCGACAGCGGGGAGCCCGGGAAGGAGACGAAACGGAAACGCAUGCGCAACCGCUUUCGUGCCUGGUGCCGGUGCUGUCGCGGUGCCGGAAAGGCAACAACGCACUCGACGUCCCGGAAGAAUGGAGACCGAUCCUGGGUCGGCACCGCCUCAACGAAGACUUCUUUGACUGGCAAAACUCGGGGAACAAGAAGGAAGGGAAGGGCGGAAGACCGCACGAAGACGCAACUCGCUCAGAGCCGCGACCCGCGGCAGUCCACGAAGCGGCUUUCGAGAAGGAUCUGGAAGCCUCUUUAGAGAAAGCCACGCCGAUCGCGGCCUCGGAGGUCGCGUCCCUGAGGCAGGGGAGCUCUUCGGUCUAUCGCAUUUUUUACGCCUCCGAAUCUGAGCUCCGCCAGGCGCUGGACGUCCUCCUCGAAGAGACACUCCCGUCGUUGACGACGUUUCCCCGCAACCUGCUCGCGUCUCCAGCGUCCUCGUCUUCCUCUUCCGCGCUGAAGGAUUUUCCUGGAAUGUACAAGGGUGUCAUGUACGUUGAGCUGCCGGGGGCUCAGGUGUAUCUGCACGGCACGUGGCCGGAGCGUUUCGCUGGAAAGUAG